CAGAAUGUCUGGACACGCAAGAUAUUGCCAGCGAUAUCGCGUACCUGAGCGACUUCGCGGCCGACCGCUUCAGCCAGCCGAGCCCCAAGCCCCUCAUCCCUGAGGAACUCGAAGCCCGUGUGCUGGUUAAUGACCUGGUGCGCCUCAUGGCCGGAUACACGGAGUACUCGGCGCUGAUGUUCGACUGGGCCAAAUGUGUCGGUUACGGCUCGCCCGAGUUCAACAGCACCAUAGGCAAGAUAUGCGGCAAGCUACGGGCGUUCAGAUGGCGGGUCAGAGAGCUGUGGGAUGCGAUUACGACCGUGGCAAUGAGCCUUAUCGCCUACAGCCAUGGCGACAGCGCCGAGCUGGUCAACAACAUGUCCUUCCCAGAUCCCAAGCAUAUACGCUUUACGGCCGAUCUUGGAAGGGUCGACCGUGCCGAUCUGGCCGAGGUCAAACCCGUCGACGACGCCAUUCUGGCCGAGUUCGACGUCGUCGAGUACGCCGACCUGGCUGAAGACGAGAGCGACGACUAUGUCUUCGUCGGAGGCAUGAGCGACAUUGGCGAUGCCGUCACGGACAUAGGCAAAGGUCUUGCCAGCCUCAGCCUAGACGUUGACGACAACAAAGACAGCAGCGAGAGCAAGAGCAAAAGCAAGAGCAAGAGCAAGAGCAAGAGCAACGGCGAGAACCUGAACGGCCUAGCCAAGCCCGACAAGUACGCAAACCUCACAAACCUCCACGUAGACAAAUGGCUCGCCAAGCACGGGGUAUACUUGUAUGCCGCGAGUCUAGAGGACAAGGUCAAGUUCCUCCGAGAUCUUUGAGAAGAACAACCAAAGAGGCUCACAUUUAGGCGAGGGGGGCACAUUAUAUACAUACAGCACAUAGCUCAGGAAAGGAGAUGGGGGCUUGUUUUGGAGUGGGAGGCUGUCUGUCUUAUAAGGCGUACAUAGGCGCAUACAUAGGCGUAUAUAUGGGUGUUUACUAGGCCUGAAAGUUUGUGACAUACGCCUACGGUUUUCUUUUACUAGCUUUUCGUGAUUCUCCUGCAUCUCUUUAUAUCUGGGAAAUAGGCCUC